GGUGUCAUAUGACAUCAGUGUGUUUGGUCAUGUGACCCUGACACAGCUCAGUGUCCGCUUCUCUGUGUUUCUCUGUGUUUCAGGCUCUAACCUGCGAUCAGCUGCUGUGUGUGUGUGUGUGUCCGCAGCUCCUCACCUCACACACACUCUCCGCUGGAUCUGAACCAUCAGCCUGAGUCCCAGUCAUGAAGUUCAGCGGCUCUCCGCGCUCUCUCCGGCGGCUUCAUCCCACACUGUGACACACUCCUCCUCACCCGGCAGGCCUCUGCGUUCACCGAGGGAGAUCCGGUCCCACACGCCGCGCCAGGGUGGGUGCAGCUCGGCCACGGCGGCAGCAUGGGCCCGGUGCGCGGCCGAGACUGAGCUCCGAGGGAAGUGAAGCGACUGAGGGAUGAACCACACGAGCUGUCUCCUGGAUGUCACCGCCAUCACAGUCUGUCCGUCACGAUGAACGGCACUCAGCAGAGUGAUACCAAGAGACAACACCUCCUGGAGAGGCUGCUGGACGCUGUCAAACAGUGCCAAAUUCGCUUUGGAGGAAGGAAAGAGAUCGCCACCGACUCGGACAGCAGAGUGAUCUGUCUGUGCGCCCAGUUUGAAGCGGUGCUGCAGCACGGCCUGAGGAAAAGCAGAGGUCUGGCCCUAACUGCUGCCGCACUCAAGCAGGCUGCGGGCUUCAGCAGCAAGGCCGAAGCAGAGUUGACUUUCUGGUUCUACGUGAAGGAGCACCUUAACCGCCAUGAGCUCCAGCGGUUCUACUCGCUGCGUCACAUUUCCUCAGAGCUGGGUCGGGGUCGUGCGUGGCUGCGCUGCGCCCUCAACGAGCACUCGCUGGAGCGCUACCUGCACACACUGCUGGCUGACCGCCCACGUCUGGGAACUUACUAUGAAGACGGGGCUUUUAUUCUUGAUGAAGAGAGAGCAAGUAUGCUCCCCACCAUGGCUGCAGGCCUGAACUCCAUCCUGUUUGCCAUCAACAUCGACAACACCGACCUGAACGGCGGGUUGACGCGAAGUGGAGGCCCGUCGGUUUCCCACCUCCUCAAGGAGUCCACGCAGGGCAUCGGCAGCCUGUUGAAGGAGUCUACUCAGGGGGUGAGCAGCCUCCUGCGUGAGAUCAGCACAGCCACGGCCGUGGUGCCCGGAUUCACCCCCAGAGGGGAUGGAGCGUCGGACCCGCUACCUGUUCUUCCGCGCAGCACCUCUGCUGACUCAGGGCUGAGGAAGGAGCGCCGCAGGAAAAAGAAGAUCACCAACAUCAUUUCUUUUGAUGAUGAUCUGGAUGGUGGGGCGGAGGACGAGGAGGAGGGGGAGGAGGACUCCCAGAAAACAGGCACGAUAAGGAAGAGUCACACCGCUCCAGCUCAGAGCAGCGUGGAGGAAGGGAUAGACCUACUGGAGCCGGCCUACUCCCAGUCGCCUGCGCAGAACGGCCUGGAGGAACCGGGCAUAGUCAGCUGGGUUGGGUCCCCGCAUCCCUCUCGUACGCCUCCCGCAACUACGCCCCCUCUGCCCGACAGAAAGAGCAUCGACAACGAGGAGGAAGAGGAGGAGGAGAUGUACAAACCCAGAGCACAACCUCAGGAGGAGGAGAGGAUCAGCUCUGAUCAGGUGGUGGUCGGGAGUCUGUCCAGUGUGUCCACGUGGAGCUCUCUACAGGUGAUGACAAACCACAGCAGCUCUGACAUCCUCAUCCCUCUGAACCCUGCGGACCCCCAGCCAGUGAGCUCUGUCGAGGACGCGGCUGGAUUUCCUGCUCAGUGUGAGUCAACGGGGCCGGUGGGAAACUGUGAGAGCAGCAGGUCGGAGCUAACGUUCAACAUGGAGUCAAGUCCACCGGCGCCGUCUGCUCCUAUCUCCAGCGUCCUGCCGACACCUGGUCUGCCAGAGUCCAUGACAGUGGUGGAGCUGCGUCAGGCCAUUGUAGCCAUGAUGAACAGGAAGGACGAGCUGGAGGAACAAAACACGUCUCUUCGCUGUCUGCUGGACGGGGAGAUGGAGCACUCAGCCGGCCUGAGGCAAGAAACGGAUAUGCUGAAGAAGAAGCUGGCAGAGCUGGAGGAGAGGCACACAGCCAAGGUCCAGGCACUGGCCAGGGAGAAUGAGGUCCUGAAGGUCCAGUUGAAGAAGUACGUGGGGGCGGUACAGAUGCUGAAGAGAGAGGGGAACCAGGGCAACGACGCCCUGUCCAUGUUGCCGUCAAGUGAGGAGCAGACCCCUGUGCCGCAGAAUAAGUCAAUGGGUGACAUCGAGGAGCUGGCUGCCAGCUAUGAACGCAAACUCAUAGAGGGGUCGUCUCCUUUGGAGGACAUGGUCUGCAUGGCCCACAAAGGAGGCAAACUUUGUGGCCUGCCAACCCGCAAAGCUGUUCAGUUGAAGCCUGAAUCUUCAGCUUCCGACAUUACUUUGUGCAAUGAAUCCAGGAGGGGGGAGCCUGAGAAGGAUCCACCUGUUCCAGGUGAUUUAAGCCAGACGUCAGAUGACCCCAGUUUGUCAGAUUUUGAAACGGCUCAUCGCGCUCUCAUCAACGUGUGGAUCCCCUCUGUGUUCCUGCAGGGCAGAGCCGCCAACGCUUACCACGUCUAUCAGGUGUACAUCCGCAUCCUGGACAACGAAUGGAAUGUGUACAGACGUUACACAGAGUUCAGGGAGCUCCACAACCACCUGAGAACCCAGUUUCCACAGGUGGAAACCUUCAACUUCCCACCGAAGAAAGCCAUAGGGAACAAGGAUGCCAAGUUCGUGGAGGAGAGAAGGAAGCAGCUGCAGUGUUACCUCCGCAUAGUGAUGAACAAACUCAUCCAGACGCUGCCGGAGUUCACAGCCCACCCCUCUAAAGAGACCCUGCUGUCUCUCCUGCCUUUCUGUCAAGACACACCCCAGGCAAACGAUGGAGGAGCAAAGACGCCCCGGUCCAAAAAUUCCUCUCGUUUCCCCAGACUGGGCCGCAGCCGCAACCAGGAAACCAGACCGGAACCUCAGAGCGGAGACCUCUAACUUCAGAGUCUCAGAGCCAAUACUCUGACUGUACAGGCAGAAGACGACAAUGUUCCAGUGUCUCUGGACUAUGAGGACAUAUGGGGAGCCUAACGGACCUUCAAAGCCUUACAGAUUAAAAAAAAAAAGCUCAGUCCAGGAUGAGACGUUCACACCGCUUGCCUGGAUGAGCACAUACAUGUUUCUGAGCAAUGCUCCCCUGAGGCUGCCUAUCAGUGGAUCCAAACAUACAGCACCUCUUACCUCAUGGAGAGACCGUCAGACUCUCUGUAAACUGCACACAGACUAACCUGGACUGCUCUCUUAUAUCCAUCACAAUGAGAGGAUGGGGACGGUUUUUGUUUUUUUUUUACUCAGUUUUGUAGAGGUCAUGGUCACAGUGCCUACAGUGUUUUGUAGCUGCUUUCCUGCUCUGUGGGAAGGACGCAGAGGGGAAGUGGGAAGAAUGAUUCUCAAGGUGAAAGUGUUUUUUCAGCUAAUGUAUCAACAUUUUGGUGCCAUUACAUUUUAGAUGAGGUUUAUUCACAGUCUAUAGUGUAGAGCACUCCUUAGUGGACCAUUCCUUUUUUCUUACUUCUAUUAUAUUAUUACAACAAAAACAGAUAGUCUGCAGGAAGUGCAUAUCUUACAUCUCUUGAUGUCAUUAUAAAUGCAGUAAUUCUCAAAAUAAUAUAUUUUAAUUCCACUACAUGAUCAUAUUAAAUGAUCAAGGUUAAAUCCCUCUUAAGAAAACAUAAUCACUUUGGGACUGUAUGAAAAUUAUUGUGGUUGGAAGGUUAGUUAGGCUUUUUGAAAAAUUAAGACCCUGUGCAUUAUUAUCAAUAUUUUCUUUGUACCUUAACCUUGACCUAAAGAAUACAUAAUGAUAUCAAAGUUGGUUCAGCUGAAAUUAAAUGGCUAAAAAAGGCAAAGCAUAAAUAAUUCAAGUUGGUUUAAUCCAGUUCAACCCUAAUUGUGUUGGUAGAAAACUUAUGGCAAACAUAACAUAACAGUAUUAUAAAGACAAUUCUUUCAGAAAUAAGAUCUACUUAAAAAUUGUAAUAUAGGCACAUCAAAGUUUUGUUUUUUUAGUUGUUUAAGACCCUUCCUCCCUUUAAUAAUGUUGGCACGGUCUCUAAUUAAUAUAAAGGAGCAUGAAUUCUUGCUGUAUCCUCUCACAAAUAUCUCUCCUCACAUCCACAUCUUAGAUCAAUUUCAAAUCCCUGCCGUGAUGUAUCUGAUGAAUUCAUGUCAAAUAGUGAUUAGAUUAGAAAGGAAGGGACACACUUAGAAAAUAAAAAUAGAUGGGUGAGCCUAGGGUCAUCACAGGUCGACUGGCUGCACUGCAAAAAUCCAGUGUUUAAAGAUUGUUUACCUAAUGUGUCUUAGCAGGAUUUAAUGCCGCGUUAUGUUGCAAAUGAAUGUUUCAACGAUGACUAAACACUUGAAGAAAAGCUGCUUGUUAGAGUGCAAGCAGAGGGCUGCUGAGCAUCAAGUGUAUGUAGAACAGAAGCUCAUGCAUAUGUAUGGAUUACCCAAGAGUAGUCAGAGACUAUGUUCAACUGUGGAGCAAUUGUGUUCGAAGGUUUUUGGAAAACUUGAAUCACAGGGUCGGCUCGCAAAAUGAUAAACACUGUUCACUGUCGAUGAGGGGAGGUGCACAAACAAGGCUUGUGGGUUUUAAUUAAGUUGUUAUUAUGACACAGAAAUGACCCGCACAACAAUCCAACUACUGGGAUAUCCAUCACAAGGAAGCUGUGGAAUAAAUGUUUUUAUCCGAGCGACUCUGUCUGUGGAUAAUGUGAUGAGCUGUCCAAUAAAAUCGUCAACAUGGGAAAUCAUUAACAGGGAGUCAUCUAGAAAGUGUAUUCUACAGAUUUAGCAUUACACUACUAUAAUUUAAGUUUUGUCCUGGGCACAAAGAAAGGAUCAAAACUGAUGAGAUGUAUCAUCUUUAUUAUCCCUCACAUUUCUUUUUCUUCGUCAAAACCUGAACCUACAGACAGGUGGCACCCCGUGGAGUGUUUGAUUAUUAGUGGUGCUAUGGAACAAUGUUUUUACUCUAUGUGGGCCAUUAACGCAAUCUGCUAAUAGAUAGUUAGGAGCACUAUCAUGCAAAGAAGUGCUGGAAUGUGAAGAGAAGAGGAGGACUGCUACCUGGCGAACACAGAAAUAAAAAAAUAAUGCAGGAUUUCAAAUGCUCAAAAACCAAGCUUCAUUGCAUUCAAAACAGCAUUUCAGAAGUACAAAAAAGAUCUCCUAACAACAUUAUUUUUUCUCUGAUAAAAGAAAACAACAUAAAAUAGCAGACUACGUGUCCUUUAGAGUGGUGCCUCCUGACUGUGCGGCUGUCAGCUACAAACUUCAUGGCGAUUGUCAAGAAAAUACAAAUUCAUGUUUUCCAACAGAAUAGGGCAAACUUUUAUUUUGUUAUUGCAAUUAUAGACAAGUGUUUCGACUUUGCAGGGACAUGCUCGCUGUGAUGAAAAAAGGCCAAUCUCAAGCGUCAUUAUAGCUGGAAACAUGCAAAAUGCUCCACGCUCAAGUCAACACUCUUCUGUGGAAUUUUGGUUCCCAAAAAGCAGCUUUCACCACACCGCUCUCUGACAGAGACAAUGUUAUGCAGGCUAGUUUAAAAGGAUAGUUCACCCAAAAAUGAAAAUUCACUCGUAAUCUACUCACCACUAUGCCGAUGGAGGAGUGGGUGACGGCGUUGCAGCCAAAUCCAAUACAAUUGAAGUAGAUGUUGACCGAUUCUUCAAAUGCAAAAAAACAACAGAAAAAAAACCUAAAUUGCAAGUGUCCAUAAGCCCCAACAUUCAAAUUUGACUGGAAACGUGUCAUUGACACCAUGUUCCUUGCCUAAAUAUCCACUGUGGUCCAUUGCACGAAUAAAUUACCUUGUUAUGAGUCAUUCUUGUGUGAACUAUCCCUUUAAUGGCGAGUAUAAGCUAAAAGCUAAGAAAGUGAAAUAUGCAGCCAAAGUGUUCUCUUGCAGUCUGCCAUGUCUGGUCUUGUUUAUAUUCUGUCCUUGCCAUAGUCAGCAUUCAGGCCUUAUCUAUCAGUGUCACAGCAAAGAGGGCUGAAUAAUAAAAUACACUGUGUACAGUC